AUGAAUGCAUACCUCACCAAGCAACACAGCUGCAGCCGGGGGUCCGAUGGGAUGGAUGCCGGCAGGAGUGCACCCACACUGAUCAGGGAUGCCCACUGCGCUUGUGGCUGGCAGAGGAGCCCUCAGGGGCUUGGGUACAAUUCUCAGACCAUGCCCUCUUCAGGACCUGGGGGCCCAGCUUCAAACAGGACCAAGCUGGUCACUUUGUGGGACAGUGUGCGGAAAAGCCCCCACAAGACGGGCACCAAGGGCAAAGGGACUUGUGGGGAGCGUUGCGCCUGCCCACAUGGUUGGUUCAGCCCAACACAGGCCAGCCCUGCUCCUAUUAUUGUCAACACAGAUACUUUGGACACGAUUCCUUAUGUCAAUGGAACAGAAAUUGAAUAUGAGUUUGAAGAAAUUACAUUGGAAAGGGGGAAUUCUGGCCUGGGAUUCAGUAUUGCUGGAGGGACAGAUAAUCCCCACAUUGGAGAUGACCCUGGCAUAUUUAUUACGAAGAUUAUACCGGGUGGUGCUGCAGCAGAGGAUGGCAGACUCAGGGUCAAUGAUUGUAUCUUGCGGGUGAAUGAGGUCGAUGUGUCAGAGGUUUCCCACAGUAAAGCCGUGGAAGCUCUCAAGGAAGCUGGGUCUAUCGUUCGGCUGUACGUGCGCAGAAGACGACCCAUUCUGGAAACUGUUGUGGAGAUCAAACUGUUCAAAGGGCCUAAAGGUUUGGGCUUCAGUAUUGCAGGAGGUGUGGGGAACCAGCACAUUCCUGGAGACAACAGCAUUUAUGUAACUAAAAUUAUAGAUGGAGGAGCUGCACAAAAAGAUGGAAGGUUGCAAGUAGGAGACAGACUGCUAAUGGUAAACAACUACAGUUUAGAAGAAGUGACGCAUGAAGAGGCAGUCGCAAUAUUGAAGAACACAUCCGAUGUCGUUUAUCUAAAAGUUGGCAAGCCCACCACAAUUUAUAUGACUGAUCCUUAUGGUCCACCUGAUAUUACUCACUCUUAUUCUCCACCAAUGGAAAACCAUCUACUGUCUGGCAACAAUGGAACUUUAGAAUAUAAAACUUCCCUGCCGCCCAUCUCUCCAGGAAGGUACUCACCGAUUCCAAAGCACAUGCUUGUUGAAGACGAUUACACCAGGCCUCCGGAACCUGUUUACAGCACUGUGAACAAACUGUGUGAUAAGCCUGCUUCUCCCAGGCACUAUUCCCCUGUUGAGUGUGACAAAAGCUUCCUUCUCUCAGCUCCCUACCCCCACUACCACCUAGGCCUGCUCCCUGACUCUGAGAUGACCAGUCAUUCUCAACACAGCACCGCAACCCGCCAGCCUUCAGUGACCCUCCAACGGGCCAUCUCCCUGGAAGGGGAGCCGCGCAAGGUGGUCCUGCACAAAGGCUCCACUGGCCUGGGCUUCAACAUCGUAGGCGGGGAAGAUGGAGAAGGUAUUUUUGUAUCCUUCAUUCUGGCUGGUGGACCGGCAGACCUGAGUGGGGAGCUCCAGAGAGGAGACCAGAUCCUCUCCGUGAAUGGCAUUGACCUCCGUGGAGCAUCUCAUGAACAGGCUGCCGCUGCACUGAAGGGGGCUGGACAGACGGUGACAAUUAUAGCACAAUACCAACCUGAAGAUUACGCUCGAUUUGAGGCCAAAAUCCAUGACCUACGCGAGCAGAUGAUGAACCACAGCAUGAGCUCCGGGUCCGGGUCCCUGCGAACCAAUCAGAAACGCUCCCUCUAUGUCAGAGCCAUGUUUGACUAUGACAAGAGCAAGGACAGUGGGCUGCCAAGUCAAGGACUUAGUUUUAAAUAUGGAGAUAUUCUCCAUGUUAUCAACGCCUCUGAUGACGAGUGGUGGCAAGCCAGGAGAGUCACGCUGGAGGGGGACAGUGAGGAGAUGGGGGUCAUCCCCAGCAAACGGAGGGUGGAAAGAAAGGAGCGUGCCCGGUUGAAGACAGUGAAGUUUAAUGCAAAACCUGGAGUGAUUGAUUCAAAAGGGUCAUUCAAUGACAAGCGUAAAAAGAGCUUCAUCUUUUCACGAAAAUUCCCAUUCUACAAGAACAAGGAGCAGAGUGAGCAGGAAACCAGUGAUCCUGAACGAGGGCAAGAAGACUUCAUUCUUUCUUAUGAGCCUGUCACAAGGCAGGAAAUAAACUAUACCCGGCCAGUGAUUAUCCUGGGCCCCAUGAAGGAUCGGAUCAAUGACGACUUGAUAUCUGAAUUCCCUGACAAAUUUGGCUCCUGUGUGCCUCAUACUACGAGGCCAAAGCGUGACUAUGAGGUGGAUGGCAGAGACUAUCACUUUGUCAUUUCCAGAGAACAAAUGGAGAAAGAUAUCCAAGAGCACAAGUUUAUAGAAGCUGGCCAGUACAAUGACAACUUAUACGGAACCAGUGUGCAGUCUGUGAGAUUCGUAGCAGAAAGGGGCAAACACUGUAUACUUGACGUGUCAGGAAAUGCUAUCAAGCGGUUACAAGUUGCCCAGCUCUAUCCGAUUGCCAUCUUCAUUAAGCCCAAAUCUCUGGAACCUCUGAUGGAGAUGAAUAAGCGUCUAACAGAGGAACAAGCCAAGAAAACCUAUGAUCGUGCAAUUAAGCUAGAACAAGAAUUUGGAGAAUAUUUUACAGCUAUUGUCCAAGGAGACACCUUAGAAGAUAUAUAUAAUCAAUGCAAGCUUGUUAUUGAAGAGCAAUCUGGGCCUUUCAUCUGGAUUCCCUCAAAGGAAAAGUUAUAAAUUAGCUACUGCACCUCCGACAAUGACAGAAGAGCAUUUAGAAGAACAAAAUAUAUAUAAUAUACUACUUGGAGGCUUUUAUGUUUUUGUUGCAUUUAUGUUUUUGCAGUCAAUGUGAAUUCUUAUGAAUGUACAACACAAACUGUGUGAAGCCAUGAAGGAAACGGAGGGGCCACAGGGUGGGACAGAAAAGACAUUGCAGUAUGCAGGAAGGCUUUGGUUUGCUCAAAGUGCCAGGUGUAGGGAUGAACCUCUGAUGGGCUUUCUGCCCAAGAGGUGGGCAGCCUCCUCACCCCAGCAGAUGUCCAGAGCUGAUUUAGCUGCUGAGCUCUCUGUGUCUUUUGCUUUAAAGAAAAGUUGCCAGCACUUGAACUUCACCAACCUUCCCAUUACCCACAUCUGUAAUUGGUACACUUUGAAUUUUGUAACUAUGCACACUCUUUGAUUUCUUAACGAGCAAAAGAAAGAAAGAAGGAAAAAGGAAAGGAGUCCCUUUGGAGACGGCAUAAUAUCAGGGAAGGAUAAGUGUGUAGUUUCUUUGACUGGCAUCUACAAAGACGAGCAUUUCAUAAAAUUCACAAGUGUAUGGAGGACUGACCUCCCUGAGAGGAGGGGGUUCCACCUGAGGUUAGCUUUAUGAUUGUUUAUUGUCUAUUUUGCCAUUUAUAAACUGAAAGGAGGCACUAAAGAUGAGAAUAAUUUAUACAAUAAAAUAUAUUAAAUGUAUAGAAACGAAUUUCUAUAGGUUAAAAAAGUUUUGUGAAAUAUUUUGUAAAGACUAAUUGAAAGACUAAAUGUAUGCACUAUCAGCAGAUGAUCAAAUUCAAGAACUGAAACUUGCACUCUCCCUUUUGUUGCCAAUGAUCCAUUAAGAGCAUCUGAGUUCUUUCCAAAGUCUGACAAAGACUUCUCCCUCACUUACCUCCCAUGAUCUCCCUUCCAUAUUAGUGACACACUCUCAUGGAGCACAUCCCUUAAUGAGUUGCCCUCAUGGGUGUUUUUGGAUGACAUUUGGUUAAUGCAUUUUUAAGCUGAUGGCUUUCAGAGACAAACUCAUGUAAAUGAUCUAAAGGGAAGUUUUUGCUUUUAUCUUAUUAACCUGG